AAAAAUUUCCAAACCAAAAUCCCUAAAUUAAGAACUGCGGCGACGAAAUCAGCAUAACAGAGAAAAAGACUGACAAAAAAGACGAUGGGAGUUGAGAAGGAAAUUCUUAGGCCUGGAACUGGACCCAAGCCAGUACCUGGUCGCAAGGUCACUGUUCACUGUACUGGUUAUGGCAAAAAUGGUGAUCUCUCCCAGAAGUUUUGGAGCACAAAAGAUCCUGGGCAGGAACCUUUUGCAUUUAAAAUUGGCCAAGGUUCUGUUAUAAAAGGAUGGGAUGAAGGUGUUCUAGGAAUGCAAGUGGGAGAAGUUGCUCGCCUGCGGUGCUCUCCGGAUUAUGCUUAUGGUCCAAGUGGAUUUCCUGCAUGGGGAAUACAACCAAAUUCUUCUUUGGUUUUUGAGAUUGAAGUCCUCAAGGUGGAGUGAACACUUUCUGGGAUGUGGACAGUAAAAAUCUAUGCAGAACAACUUGUGUUCUAGCCAAAGUAUCUAAAUUAUUAUGUGAUACGAAUAUGCUAUCUAUCAGACGUAUCUCUAUUAUGUGAUACGAAUAAUGCUAUCUUUGGAGUAUUGCUUGAUGAGUACUUUUAAGUCAACAUUGCCCCUUUGAGUAAAUGUGUUCACUGUGUUCUGAUCUUA